CCCGCUUCAUCCUGACGGUCCGUCCCCCCGCCGCUGCGUGGGAAACCGGCCGAGAUGAAAGCGGGGCCGUGCCACCUGCGCCCCGCACCUGUGGGAGGAGUGCGCCGCGCGCCACGCGCGCACCUGAGGACCGCGCAGAGCCGCUCUUUCCUUCCUCCCCGCAGCAGGACGCAGCGCGAGCCGCAGACCGGAGCCAUGGACCGGGAGGAGACGGAGGGCAAGACCGAGCAGGGCGCGCAGCAGCCGGACGCCAGCCCCAAGCCGCAGAAGCCGCCGUACUCGUACGUGGCCCUGAUCGCCAUGGCGAUCCGGGACAGCCGGGAGAGGCGGCAGACCCUGAGCGGCAUCUACCAGUACAUCGUCUCCAAGUUCCCCUUCUACGAGAGCAACCAGAAGGGCUGGCAGAACAGCAUCCGCCACAACCUGUCGCUCAACGAGUGCUUCGUCAAGGUGCCCCGCGAGGGCGGCCGCGAGCGCAAGGGCCACUUCUGGACGCUGGACCCGGCCUUCGAGGACAUGUUCGAGAAGGGGAACUACCGGCGGAGGAGGCGCGUGAGGAGACCCUGCAGACCCGCCGGCGUCCCGUACCCGGAGUACCUGGACUACCCGGACCCGGUGUACCUGCAGCCGUACGCGGGCGGCCCCUGGGGGCGGCAGCCGGCGGGGGGAUACCCGGGAGGCCUGACCGGACACCCUCCAGCCAUGACCGGACACCCCCGCUGCGCCUCCCCCGGCGUCCCGGUGGGCUCCUACUGCCGCCCGGGGCCCUUCCACCACCACGCGCCCUACGCCGCCUUCCACCGACACCCGGCCGUGCUCGUGCCCCACAACGCGUGUCCGUACGGCGGGGUGAGCCAGCCGCUGAGCCCGGAGGGGGGAACCGUGUCCGUGGGAUUCAACUACCAGCAGCAGCUCACACACACCGAGAGACACCCGGAGGAGCUGCUGUACCAGCAGUGAACACACACACACACACACACACACACACACACACACACACACACACACACACACACACACACACACACACACACACACGUUCUCAGGUAAAGCCGUUGCUCACUGUCACUGUUCAGAAGUGUAAAAUGUUUCACUUGUUUCAGAUUUUGACUGUCGAGUUCGUUAUUUCUCAUCUUUUCUAAAGCCUCCGGUGUCCAGAGAUCAACAAUUCCUUCCUCUUAAUGUUCUUACUCGGAAAGACGUUUUGCUUCUUGUUCGAAUUUAAAUCGAGGCCUUUUUUUCCCACAUAUAUUGAAAUCAACUUACAACCGUCUGAUUUCCUACGUUUGUUGUUGUUUAUGUUGUUUUUGCUCAUGCAUUUGUUAUUUAUUUCUUUUUUAUGGUUUUGUCCAGUUUACCGUGCUGCUCUUCUAAUGUUCAACGAAAGCACUGAAAGAUGCUUUUUUUUUUACCUGAAUGGUUACCUGAUGUAAAAUGCAUCAUGUUUGUUGUAAUAAAAUGUUAUUUUUGCA